AUGUCCGUCUUCAUCGCGUACGAUACUCCCUCGGCGGCUUCGGCUGCAAAGAAAUCCAAGCAGAGCAACAAGGUCUUAUUCGUGGACUGCAAUGAGGGAGGAAAGCCUUCUGAGCAAAGCAAGGCACGUUUGAAUCGCCAUGCGGCCCUCAAAUCAUCCGCAAAUACCAAGAGGAAUCGAUCGGCGGCCUUGCAUGAUGAUAGUAAUCAGUAUAAGGCCACCAGCGGCAGCAUUGAACCAUCUACGCUCAAGUUUCGAGUGAAGGAGCAACAGCCUUCAUCGUCAUGCCAAGGCCAAGAGAAGCAGAAGCUUGAAAAGGGAGCGAAAGCGCUCAAAUGGCGAGACGUCGACACCACUAUUGCGAAAAGGCUUCCAUCCGAUCCACGCUCCGUGCGGCUCAUUACGAACACUCCCUAUGGAGCGUUUCGAUCACCUUCGCCCAAUGUCGACGACAAGCUGGUCACAGAGAUCAUCAACUGGUUCUUCCUGGGCAAAGAAGAGGCUACUUCACGUGGGACACUCCAAAUUGCUGCUGAUCAUUGGAUGAAGCAGCUAUGGGAUUGGGCGGUGAAACAUGAAGUACUAUUCGAAGGCGUGGUCUUGAACGUAAUGAAGAAACGAAUUGAAAUCGCCGGAGACAACACCAAGCAUCAGGGAGAAUACCUUCGACAAAAAGGCCAAAUCAUCCGGAGACUUCGACGAACUGUUGAGAAUGAAGGCCCUGAGCUCGACUCUCCGACCAUAUUCGUCAUAGCCAACAUGGCCAUCCAUGCGUUCCAGGACGGUGAUGCUCGAGCCGCACGACUGCAUCUUGAAGCACUAGAGGCCAUCAAGGCUCCUGAAAGAAUUCCACCAUACGAAUGGGUGGGUGUGUGGCUUGUUGACUUCCGGCUGGCGUUGAUUCUGGGGUGCAAACCGGCCAUGUCCUAUUAUCUUCCGUACGACCGCGACAACUUGGUCCCGGACAUAGAUCAAGAUGCACUUAAAGAGCGCAUCUCCGACUCCAUGGAUCAUCUUCCGGAGUCCUCGACAUACGACAAGGGAAUGCAUAGCCUCGUCCGGCAGAUGUGGCAAUUCUACCUGGCAUGGCCGAGCCUAGCUGCUUUCCCAACUGAGCCACUCGGCAUUAUAUACAACCUGGAGUUCACCCUACGCACCUUCCACGCGGAUCUGCUGAUGGAUCAUGGCGAAUGCGAGCCCUCUGCUACAGUGCGAAGAUCUCUCGAACUGGCGCUGUACGGAAUACAGUCCCAUCUCUGGAUCGUGGCGAGACAUUGGGAGCCGCUCAGUUGGGGCGUACGAAUGCUUUGCCUUAGGAAAGCUCUUUCUAUACUCACAACUACACCGGAUUUCGUGAAAAAUUGGAUAGACGAUAGUGGUGGAUCACCGUCAUCGCUCAUAUGGAUACUGUCAACGCUGACGGUCUUUUCCAUGGACGAAGGUGAAGGUCGAGCUCCGAUACCGGUACUGUCAAGAGCAGCCAAACUUCUCGGUAUCUCUUCUCUGCAUGAAUUUCUGAUAGAGAUGAAACGGUGGCCCUGGCUGAAGAAUUGGCAUGCUGUCCACUUCCCUCUUGUGUGGGAGCAGAUCGAGGAGUAUAGAGCUGCUACCGUCGACCAUGAACCAAGCAGCGCCCUCUGGCAGACCCACCGUAUCUCGAAACCUAAGCCACGGAAGCUGUUUGUUGGCGCAGUGGAGUUCUACGAUAUCUGA